AUGAAGCUGAAAAGUUGCAGGUUGCAGGUCGUACCGCUGAAAGUCAUAAAUCAUGGACGGAAGAUCUCUAAACUUAUACCUCCCGUAGAGCCAUGGUUUGAUCAGCUCUUGGUGCUUUCAAGGUUGAAGGACCUGACCCUUUGUAGAUAUACCACAGUUAAUCAUGGUAUGAUUAACGUUACUGUUGAGAGGUGGCACCAUGAGACGUCCUCCUUCCAUCUACCAUAUGGUGAGAUGUCAAUCACACUCGACGACGUCGUGUGUCUGUUGCACCUUCCGACAAGAGGGAGGUUUUUAGACCAUGAAAGGUGCGACAAAGAGGAGGCGUUGAAGUUGUUGGUUUAUAAAUUGGGAGUUGACCCUGAUGCAGUGAUGACUGAGAUGGAUAAGACCCGUGGUUCUCAUGUCAGAUAUAGCUGGUUGAAGAAGGUGUUUGAUGAUGAGCUUCUGCUAGCACAACAAACUCAUGGCCUGGAUCCUACAACACUUCCCCCGUAUCUCGGGUUGGUCAUUGGAUGCAAGUUAUACGGAGGACCGUCUGCGUGUCGUUGCACUCAACCUGCUCAGAGGGAACCAGGCGGCAAAGUCGUUCAGAGUCUAUAUUCACCGGUUGAGUUUUGA